AAGUGACUCUGUAAAAACCUUUUCUGAGAAAUCAUCUAAAAAAGACCUGGAUGUAUCAUCUAUUGACAGUAAAUUGAAUGUGACUGAUACAAAGUCAAAAGACAGUAAAUCAAUGGCAGUAGAUAAAAAUGAUAAAUCAACUAAACCAGUAGAAACAUUGAAGGAAGUAUCUGAAAUAAAACAUGAUAAUAUAAAGACAACAUUACUGAAAAAAGAUGAAGAAAAGAAAAGUGUAAACCCUUCAGCAGAUAAUGUUAAUAAAGACACUAAGAAAUUGGGCUCUUUGAUGGGCAGAUUUGAGAAGCAAACAGAACCUGCAAAACUCAAACCAUGGCAGAAAUCUAGCAUUAAACGAGACAUAAACACAAAGCUUAAUGUUGAAAAGGUUUCAGAUCAACAAAAGGUUGAACAACCAUCAAGUCCUACAAAAAAAUUAAAAUCAGCCGAAGUUGAUUUUGGGAAAGUUGAAGACAAUCAGAAAGACAGUAAAAAGUCAACAUUAGGGCUUCUGACUGGAAAGUUUGAUAAAGCAAAAUCUGAGACUGUUGAAAUAAAGAUUGACAAACCAGAUUUGUCUAAAGAUGAAAAAGCUGAAAUUGAAACCAUUGAUGCAACGAAAGUAUGGAAUCUGAAACCGUUAGACGUUCAGAAAGCUAAGGAUAAUAGGAAUGAUCUUAAACCAAUUUCCCCUAAGGCUUCAGGUUCUCCCAGAUCACCUGGAGGAGGAAGCAUAAGUUCAAUUAUGGACAGAUUUCAACAAAAAUCUGAUGUUAAAGUCCAGUUAAAAGGUGCCAAACCAAAAGCAGUACAUGCAACACAGGAGACUGUGGAAAUACCUUUAGUAAAAGCAUUAAGCAAAGACAGUCCAGUUAUUCAAACUUCUACAGCAAUUGGUGGCACGUCAAAGCCACCUUCCACACCCACUACUAAUGUGCAUACCCAGUCAAUGGCAACUGGAGGAAUGUCUAACACAGAGGCUACUGCAUCUGGGGGACCUGUCAAUGUAGAGCUUCAUAUGCAAGGCAAAAAGGGAGGGUCAGCUAAAAUUGUUGACACUGCGAAAGGCCCUGUUGGUAUAAAAUUAAAGAUAGGAAGUGGAGGAGUGUCUGUCAUGGAAAGUAACAGAGAGAUUAAAUUCUCAUCAUCAGGGUCUGUUGUUUUAUCAUCUUCAGGGGCUACAGUUUUGACUUCAGGGGGUACUCCUCUGCAACCAGGUUCUCCUGGGAUUACAAUAAAGUUUGGUGGGAAGACUCCUCCUGUUGUUAAGUCAAAUGCACCUUGGAAAUACAGACUAUGAAAAUAAUGUAUUAUAAAUAUAACUGUUUAGGAAAUUCCUUAAACACCUUAGUACUCUGUGGGGUUCAUUACAAGAAAUGAAUUAAUACGUCGAAUUGUCUUGUCAUGUAUAAACUUGUUCAUAUAUAAUGUAUAUAUGUGAAUGGUGACAAAUAAC